CUCACUAGUGAGGAAGUUCUCUGUCAUGAGGGUCACAAGGAGGAUGAGCUCUAUGUGAGGAUUUCACUGCAGUCUGGUCCACUAGUGGACACUGUGGACAGAUAAACACAUUAACAGUGGUCCUUCUUGAUGCUGAUCAUCCUCUGGCAGCUGUGAAAUUAGAUCAGGGAAGAUGGCACACAGUGAAAGCUUCAAUGUCGACAUUUGUCAAGUGGAUUCUGACUAUGAAUAUCUGGCAGAAGAUGAACAACCAGGUCAGGACUCUUUCCUCCAAGACUUUGGCGCCGUGGCAGGCAACACCCACAUGUUCCCUGAGACUCUGCAGUUGGAGGUGGUCAGGGAACGCUUAGACAGCUGGUCAAAAUCUAGCGAUGAUAUGAGUGAUGAGAGCGAUGAGAGUGAUGAUGGAGAGCAAAUCAGCUCUCUGCGGAGGCACCACUGGUCAGCAGCUACAGUAAAGGUCCUCUCUUCAAUGCCCAGUCGCACUGCUGGAAAAGACAGUGCUGCAUGCAUUUACCGGCGUUCUCAACUACACCAACACCAGACCUCCUUCUCCGAUUCCUCUCAAUCCUCGCGAACAAUCCAGGUUGUCUCCAGCGAGGCUGAUGUAGAGGAAUUCAGUGCUAAAGCAGACAACAAGGAGGUGCAGUUGGUGUCCAAACUCCAAGGCGUCUCAUUGGGUGAGGGCAUGCGAACGCUGAGGGCCAUGCCACUGAGUCUAUAUGAGAAGAUGAAGCUCAGGCGACUUGCUUUCAGUGACACAGCUAAAGCUUCCUUCAUGAGCAGAAAUAUUCCCUGCUACAGUCAUCUCAGUGUGUACAUGUCCAAGACCUGGCGUGACUGCCUCUUCAGCUGCCUCCAUUUCCUCAGCUCCCUCCAGCUGUUGCACUCGGCCAUGAAGAGAGUAAGCGCACGCUUUGGAACCGGAGUGCUCUCCUACUUCCUGUUCCUCCAAACCCUCCUGCGCUUAAACCUCCUCCUCUUCAUCAUCAACGGCCUGUUCGUGGUCAUCCCACAAGCCUUCCACCCUCCUCCUCCUCCUCCAGACGAUGAGUCUCAGCUCCACAGAUUCACUGGCCUUGAGCUUCUAGCAGGCUCGGGCUACUUCUCUCAGAGUGUGAUGUUUUAUGGAUACUACACCAACACCACCAUCAUAGACUGUCAAUCUGCUCCCUCGACCUCUGCGUCCUCUGGUGAAUCCACUGACCUUCACGCCUGUGGUCAUGAUACAGUGCCGUACAACAUACCUGCAGCGUACUUCCUCACCCUCACCAUCGCCUUCUUCACCAUCUGUGUCAUCCUUGUGUACAGUGUCUCCAAGUCCUUUGGGAGAAGUCUGCAUGUCCCCAAGUCGAACGGGAAUCUGGCCGUAACGGUUUUCUGCACGUGGGACUUUAAGCUCAGCAAAAAGACGUCAGUCAGAUUUCAGUCUGAGAGAAUCAGCACUCAGCUGAAGGAGCUUGUGUCAGAGAUGAUCACUGGAGAGGUGGAGAAGAGCUGCAUGCAGCGACUCUGCCGCUUCAUAGUGCACCUGCUGGCGUGGGCUCUAUGUCUAACCAGCAUCUUCCUGGGCGCCCUGGCUGUCCACUUCAUUUCAGAGAGCACCAUCCACCAGGCCCCUGCCAAAGACAGUGAGCUGCUGACCUUGUUAAUGGUGGUGUCGGGCAUUAACCUGCUGCUCCCUUGGGUCUUCAACUUGUGGGCUUUGAUAGAGGGACACGACUCACCCAGUAUCACUGUCUAUGUCUCCAUCUUCAGGAACCUGUUGCUGAAGAUGAGUAUCAUUGGAGUGCUGUGUUAUCGCUGGCUGGGCAGAAUUGCUGUUGAACCAGAAAGUUUGGGCUUAAAGUGUUGGGAAAGCUUUGUGGGGCAAGAACUGUAUCGCCUGGUCCUGAUGGACUUUAUCUUCACGGUGCUUUACACCGGUUUGCAAGAGUUCCUGUGGAGAAUCUUCUCCAAGCAUGUGCUGAAAAAGAACAGGAAGCCAGAGUUUGAUAUUGCACGUAAUGUGCUUGAACUCAUAUAUGGGCAAACUCUCACCUGGCUCGGGGUGCUGUUUUCACCACUUCUUCCUGCCGUGCAAACCAUAAAACUGCUCGUGCUGUUUUACAUAAGAAAGAGCAGUCUGAUGAUCAACUAUCAGGUCCCCAGGAGACACUGGAGGGCCAGUCAGAUGACAACUGUGUUCAUCGCACUUUUGUGUUUCCCAUCAUUUGUUGGCGCUGCCGUGUUUCUCACUUACACAAUAUGGAAGAUUAAACCGUCAUCAUGGUGUGGCCCCUUCAGGAAUCUCAGCACCAUGUUCGAUGCAGGAAAGCUGUGGGUGCAGGAGCUGGAGAAAUCUCACCCGGUCCUUUCUUGGCUCAGUUGGGUCUACAACGCUCUGCUGGAAAAUCCAAUAUUCUUAUUUCUUGUGACAGGAAUCUUUCUAAUGGUGAUAUACUUCCAUGCUCAAGUUGUUGAUGGCCAUAAGAGAAUCAUCAGUCAGUUGGAAAAUCAAAUUGAAAAUGAGGGUAAAGACAAAAAGUUCCUCAUCACCAAGCUGCAAGCCAUGUAUGAACAGAAUGAUCUGGUUGAUGAAGCUCGACAGUGACAACCAUGUCAGCUCUGACACCGUCUGUAGGUCCAGAUGAUGUGCUGGGAAUGUUGCCAAGAAGAUGGAAGGAGAACAAGCGUAAAAGCAUGUUGCAUUUAAAUUGUGUAUAAAUACAAUCUGAGUCAAUGACUGUUGUUGUAUAUUAGUGUUGUAUAUAAUAAAAGUGUUGUAUGAAAAGUAAAAACAUGUGUUUCAACAUGA